UUAAAGAGGAUCCAGUCACAUAAAGGAGUUAUUGGAACUAUUGUCGUAAAUGCAGAAGGCAUCCCAAUCAGAACCACUCUUGACAACUCAACUACAGUACAAUACGCUGGUCUCCUUCAUCAGCUCAUGAUAAAAGCAAAAAGCACAGUGAGAGUUAUCGAUCCCCAGACUGAUCUAACCUUUCUCGGGAUUAGAUCAAAGAACCAUGAAAUCAUGGUUGCCCCAGAUAAGGAAUAUCUUCUGAUUGUUAUCCAAAAUACUUGUGAAUAGACCAUCCACACCAAUUUUAUGAGAACUGUGCUACAAUUUUAAAAUAACAUUU